GAGGUUUGUAGUGAAUCAGUUGCCGUUACCAGUUUGGAAAAAUGUCGCUGCGUAUCACCAGAAACAUGAUGGCAAAUGCAGAAAACAAUGUGAAAACCACUGUAGCUGGAAAGAGGGUUGUUGCAACCAAACCAGUUUUGAGGCCUCGUACAGCUUUGGGAGACAUAGGAAACAAGGCCGAGCUAAAAGUUCCAGCAAAAAAGGAACUGAAGCCAGCAGUAAAAGCUAUCAAGAAGGUAAAACCUGUGGACAAAGUGUUGGAGCCCCUGAAAGUUAGAGAAGAGAAUGUUUGCCCCAAACCUGCUCAGGUUGAACCUAGCUCACCAAGCCCAAUGGAAACAUCUGGUUGCCUCCCUGAUGAGCUCUGCCAGGCCUUCUCUGAUGUCUUGAUUCAAGUUAAAGAUGUUGAUGCUGAUGAUGAUGGCAAUCCAAUGCUGUGCAGUGAAUAUGUGAAGGACAUUUACUGUUACCUGAGGAGCCUGGAGAAUGCACAAGCAGUCAGACAAAACUACCUACAUGGACAGGAAGUCACAGGCAACAUGCGUGCCAUAUUGAUUGACUGGCUGGUCCAGGUGCAAAUGAAAUUUCGUCUGCUGCAGGAGACUAUGUUCAUGACUGUUGGCAUAAUUGAUCGCUUUCUGCAGGACCAUCCAGUUCCUAAAAACCAACUGCAGCUUGUGGGGGUCACAGCUAUGUUCCUUGCUGCUAAAUAUGAAGAGAUGUACCCACCAGAAAUCGGAGACUUUACAUUUGUAACUGAUCACACAUACACAAAGGCUCAAAUUAGGGACAUGGAAAUGAAGGUGCUUCGGGUGCUUAAGUUUGCAAUAGGCCGACCAUUACCUCUGCACUUUCUUCGGAGAGCUUCUAAGAUUGGAGAGGUGACUGCUGAACAGCACAGUUUGGCUAAAUAUUUAAUGGAACUUGUAAUGGUGGAUUAUGAUAUGGUGCAUUACUCGCCUUCCCAAAUAGCAGCUGCUGCCUCUUGCUUGUCUCUUAAAAUCUUGAAUACGGGUGAAUGGACACCAACAAUGCAUCAUUAUAUGGCUUACUUUGAAGAUGAUCUUGUCCCUGUUAUGCAACAUAUGGCCAAGAACAUCAUUAAGGUGAACAAGGGACUGACCAAACACCUGACUGUUAAGAACAAAUAUGCCAGCAGCAAACAAAUGAAGAUCAGCAUGAUCCCCCAGCUGAGAUCAGAUGUUGUUGUGGAAUUGGCCCGCCCACUCAUGUGAUGGACUGGUGUGAAUUAUAACUGGAUUGUUUGGCACCAUGUGCUUCUGUAAAUAGUGUAUUUGUUUUACUUUGUGUUUUUAAUAAAGCUCAUUUUAACAUUUGCCCAAAACAAA